AUGGCACUAUUCCCCUCAACCCCGGAGCAAGAAUCGAGUGGUACAAAUUCAAACGUCUCGGUGGAAGCAGAUCGCAACGAAUUUCGCUUUCAAGUUGAUUCCAGUGGAUUCACAAUCGAUCGAGCUGAUGCAGACUUUUCAAAAGGGGAUACUCCACCAGAAGGAGAGAAGGAUCCAGUGUUGCUAUCAGGCCCAGAAUCGAUCGCACAUGUCUCAACUGAUCGAAGGCAAGAAGAUGAUUUAUCGUUUAAUCUUGACAGGCUUUCGAUGAAAGGGCGGACCGAUGCGAAAGGGAACCUAUUCGAAGGUCAAGAGGGUGUCCCAGUGGAUCAAGUGAUUCGUGGCAACGUAUUUUCGAUCUUCGGUGACCCUUUCUUCGAUCCAAAGGCAAAAUUUCCGUUUGAUUCCUAUCAUGGACCGGACCAGGCUCUUAGGAAAAGCCUUCAGCCACCACAAAAGUGCUCAUACGAGAGCAUAUGGGAGAGACUAGCAAAAAGCUCAAACACUGUUAACUCGAAUGAGCGGAGAGUAUCGAGGGACAGUGGCGGUUCGUCAAGUCCAACCCCACAGCGUACGUGUCCUGCACAGGAGUCGCCCGCACAAACGCCCGUGACUGAGGCCAAACUCAAGGAAAGCCUGCCCACGACUUCUAGCCCCGAGCAUCCAUCAGCAGGCACUUCCGAAACCCAAGAGAUAGGAAAACUCAGGUAUGAACCUUUUCUUGGUGGCUUGGGAAUGCCUCGAAAUGAGCCCUCAUCAGCGGCGACUGAAGCUGCAAGAAUUCUUACGCCUCAAUUCCAGGAGCAAUUGAAAAAUACGUCUACAGACAAAGGAGCGGUUCUCCCAACAGAGCCAUCCCCUGGUCCCACCGAACUUCCUCCCACUCAGACUCCGUCAAAAACCCAUAACGUAAACACUGCUCGACGCGAUGGGCAAGUCGCACAAUCCUUCGAAAUCGCAUCUAAAAUCAAAAUGCUCCUCAAAAGGCGCCUGAGAGACACAAAGAAGAAAGGCACGAUAUAUAUUCUGGAAGCACCAGAGUUCUUCUCCAAGUUCGGACCUGCUAAGGACGAGCAGUGGGUCAAAAUUGGUAUAACAGAAGACAUCGAUCAACGUCGUGCCGAUUUAAAGCAUAAGUGUGGCAUCACAGAUAUCUCAGUCGUCCACAUGCCACAUUGGAGCAACUACCCCAUGGAUAUGCUAUAUAGGAUCGAACAAUUAUGCCAUGCACAAUUGAUCAAUUCUCGAAGACCCUGGAAUUGUGGGUCGGCAAAAUGUGAAACAAAACUGCAUAGGGAAUGGUUCGCUGUCGACAAGGCGGACGCAAUACGCACGGUGAAACUUUGGGUGGCAUUUAUGGAUCAUCAGCCCUAUCACCCCGAUGGUGAGGCUUUGAAAGACUUGUGGAGGACGUCAUUGGCCGAUCAGAAUAAGUUCCACCCAUUGAAGGCUGGUAGUCAAGGGUUGGAUCAAGGAGAGUUGUUGCAUCAGAGUUUGGAGGCAUGGAUUCGCAGAACGGUUGAGGAAGAGGAAUGA